ACACAUGUUCACAUGUUCACAGUGUGAAUGACAGUUUAACAACAAUCAGUAUGUUAUACGUCAAAGCGAAGAAGAUUGUCAUAUACACAGAUAUUACGCACCAAAAAGUCAAUAGUUCAGAUGGCAUAUCUCUCUAUGUAAGAAAACAUCUUUAUUCUUGGUAUCAGAAGUGAAAUUGCAGUCAUUCGUUGCUAGUGAAAGCGAUUCGUUGUCUUCGUACUUGGGAAUAUUCCAUUACUCAGAUAUUUGUGAUUUAAUAUCAAAUUUCAAGAACUAGCACUUACAAUACAAAUGGCUAUCGAUAUUAAAGACAAAGUGAUCGUUGUCACUGGUGCUGGACAAGGAAUCGGGAGAGAUCUUUGCGAACGUUUAGAUGCAUUGGGUGCAACGGUAUAUGCAAUUUCACGCUCUGUUGAACCGUUGGCCGAGCUGAAAAAAAGCCAUCCCCGCAUAAUAACUGUACCAAUUGAUUUAAGCAACUGGUCAACAUCACGAGCGGAGAUUGUAGAACACUUUAAAAAUGUUAAAAUAGACGGACUGGUUAAUAAUGCCGGUGUUGCAAUAUGUAAGCCGUUAGCUGAGCAUACCGAAAGAGAUUUCGAUGACACUAUGAAUAUCAAUGUUAAGGCCAUUUUUAACGUAACUCAGGCCCUGCUGCCGAAUUUAAACGAUGGAAGUAGCAUCGUAAACUUAUCUUCAUUGGCUAGCUUACGCGCACUCCCAAAUCACUCUAUCUAUUCAGCGUCGAAAGCAGCCGUGGAUGCAUUUACACGCGGCUUCGCUCUUGAAUUGGCACCUCGAAACAUCCGAGUUAAUAGCGUAAACCCGACGGUUAUCUUGACCAAAAUGAGUAUUCCAAAUUGGAGUGAGCCAACCAAAGCGGAAAAAAUGAAGAGUAAAAUUCCAUUGCAUCGUUUUGGAGAAUUGAAUGAAGUUAGCGAUCCAAUCAUUUUCUUGCUUAGCGACAAAUCAUCUUUCAUCAACGGACACUCGUUGCCAAUCGAAGGGGGAGCCUGUGCUUGCUAAUCUCCAUUCAUAUCAAACUAAACGUAACUGAUAAUGAAACGUGUACCGAAUUCUUGUUUGAGAACAACAAAUAUAUAUAGCAACAAAACGCUGAACGCUGAUACUCGUCCGCGGUCACGACUUGAGUUGAUAACAAAAGCAUUCCUAGUUUGGCACACUUCACAUAAAAACAAAACAAACACGUUCGAAGAAUAAAAUAUUUAUGAAUAAAUACAUAUUGGCACGAGAUUUUUGAACAAAUUUCACCUGCGACACGUUGAAAACUUGGCUACAGGGCAUAAUUUUCCCGGUCAUUAUUCUUUCAAAUUUAGGAAAUAAUUUCCCCAAAAUCCAAAAAGUAUGCGGAGAAAUUAUGACCAUUUUCGAUUGGAUAUAAUUUCACUGUCUCUUUGGAAAUAAUUUCCCCGGGAAAUUAUGUCCAUACAUAUUUGGAUAUAACUUCUUCUGAUAUUUGGCCAUAUUUUCUCUAAUCAAUUUUUUUUUGAUGUGGAAAUUAUGCCCAAAUCUGAAAUGGAUUUAUCAUCUCCAAACUUUACUCCAGCGUGCUUCAAUGUAUACCAAAAUUUAACAUGCAAAUUAUAUCAUUUUUAUUCCGGUCAUAAAA